CACAACUCCCGCUGGUCCCUGAACGAGAUCCCUCCUCUCCAGAGUUGCGAGCAACUUUCCCCUCUCCCUGGCGCCGCUGUGUCUCGGGGACCGUGGCCGUCGCAGGUAGCUGAACUCCGGGCCACUCUCCCUGCGCCUCGGCUGAGCGCGCUCGCAGGUCGCUCUCUCUCCGGGUGCACGCUGGGGGUCCCCGAGCUCGGCUCUGCGGGCGAGAUGCCCCUAGGACAUAUCAUGAGGCUGGAUCUGGAGAAGAUCGCCCUGGAGUAUAUCGUGCCCUGUCUGCACGAGGUCGGCUUCUGCUACCUGGACAACUUCCUGGGCGAGGUGGUGGGCGACUGUGUCCUGGAGCGAGUCAAGCAGCUGCACUGCAACGGGGCCCUGCGGGACGGCCAGCUGGCCGGGCCCCGCGCCGGCAUCUCCAAGCGGCACCUGCGGGGCGACCAGAUCACGUGGAUCGGGGGCAACGAGGAAGGCUGCGAGGCCAUCAGCUUCCUCUUGUCCCUCAUCGACAGGCUGGUCCUGUAUUGCGGGAGCCGGCUGGGCAAAUACUACGUCAAGGAAAGGUCCAAGGCGAUGGUGGCUUGCUACCCAGGAAAUGGAACAGGUUAUGUUCGACAUGUGGACAACCCCAGUGGUGACGGCCGCUGCAUCACCUGCAUCUACUAUCUGAAUAAGAACUGGGAUGCCAAGCUACAUGGUGGGGUCCUGCGGAUAUUUCCAGAAGGGAAGUCGUUCAUAGCGGAUGUGGAGCCCAUUUUUGACAGACUCUUGUUCUUCUGGUCAGACCGCAGGAACCCACAUGAAGUCCAGCCUUCCUAUGCAACCAGAUAUGCCAUGACUGUUUGGUACUUUGAUGCUGAAGAAAGGGCAGAAGCCAAAAAGAAAUUCAGGAAUUUAACUAGGAAAACUGAACCUGCCCUCACUGAGGACUGACCCUGAUCUGAAAUCCGCUGGCCUCAUUCAUUUUAGUAACAGUUCCUGAAUUCACUUUUAAGAGUUGAGAUCCAAAGAAGGCCACUUCUUCAGUGACUCGGUGAUGAGAACCCCCCUAUUGCUUGCAUCAUUCACAUCCCUGUCUUGCGUACGGUACUUUGUGUUUUCUUGCCAAGACUCCAUCUACCUUCAGACACUCUCUUUGCCAGAUGAACUCAUUUGCUAACUCCAGAAAUACCUGCAGACGACCUAGCUGGCCAGCGGUUUAAUUGUCAGAUUUGGUAAUCCUGGGUAUCAAAGCAAGAACCUGGAAGCACAGGCGAGGGACUGAAUCUUACUUGCACUUUAUGUACACUUCCUGAUUUGAAAGGAGGAGGUUUGCAAAGAAGUUAGACGGUGACAGAUGCCACAGAGAGGCAUCACUGAAGCCCUAACAGCAGGAAACAGAAAUUUGUGUCAUCUGAACAAUUUCCAGAUGUUCUUAAUCCAGGGCUGUUGGGGUUUCUGGAGGAUUAUCACAACUUAAUGACGUUAUUACCUCUAGAAAGGGCUGUUGUCAUAGUCAUCAAUUUCUAAGUAUCCUGUGGGUGGACACUCCUUUUUCCUGGUCCUGCAAACUGGACUUGCUGCCUCUGCCCCAUUUUGCUGAAAAUAUGACUUUCUGAUCAAAGAUGACAACACCAUUUAUUUUCUAUUUUCACUUCUGACUUAGAGAACCUAAUUCAUUAAUUGUUCUGGUUGCUUUGUUGAAGUGAAAUUUGAAUUUAAAUCAAAGGGGAAAAACAUCUUCCUGGUAGUUUGGAGCCAACAACCUCUGAUGAUGGCAUCAAAAGACCUGGGUCUACUGAUAUACAUUAAACGUGUGCAUCUUGAACGAUUUGAGAUUGGAGAUGGAGUUGGAAAUGUGGGCAUUCCUGUUUUUCAGUUUUCCUUUCUAAU